AUGGGAGACACUCAGUCUGCACAACGGGAGGGCAAGAAGGAUGCAGCGGCUGAGGAGGAGAGCGGAGUGGAUGAUGCUCAGCCUGAGCAGCAUAUUGAAGAGAAGCCUCUCAAAAACAAUGGGCAGAUCUCCGAGAUCAACGAAAAGGCAGAAGACUCGAUAGCAGAAGUUAAUGGUUACUGUGGGGAUGAGUUUGCUGCAGAGGCUGCCCCCUGUCAAAAUGAAGAUGUUUCAGAAACAGAAAAGUCACUUAAAGAGACAGAAACACCAUCAGAAAAUGUCAACAUUAUUGAGAAUGAAUCACCUAAUGAUGCUGAUGCUAACGAAGAAGUAACCAUGGAAAUGACAGACAUGGAGGCAAAGCAGAAUGACAUCAAUGAAGGUUUUAGGAAAUUCUUCAGUAACAUUGGUUUGAAAUUGACAGUAAAGAGAGGUUCAGGAGAAAAAAGUGAUGCAACAGAUGUGCCUGUUGAGAGCAACGCGGAAGAAUCAACAGGUGAUGUCGAGGACAUUGCUACUGAAGCCAAAAGUGAAAGUGAUGAACAGAAUACUGAUAUGAACAUUGCACAGGAGACUAAUGAUAAUGAUUCAACAUGUCCUACCUUGACAUAUGUUACAUCCCAUGACGUUCUGGAAGAUGCAGAAGAAAAAGCAACAGAAGCCAAAGAGGAAGUGUCAUCUGAUAUUGCAGAUACAGCUACAAGUUCACCUGAAUCUGAAGAUGAAAAAACAAACCAGGAUGCAACACCUGAAGAACCAAAUACCACAUCUUCACCUAGUCCUGACCCAGAUGUGGUUGUAUCUCCAAUUAAAAGGUUUUUUACAACUGGAAUCUUUUCUGGAUUACGGAAAAAGAAGAAGACUGCAGAAGAUGAGACAACUGAGAAAGAACUGGUGGACAUGGGGAAAAAGGAGUCUGUAGAUGCGACAGAGGAUAAAAAAGAGAUUAGUCUAGGUGUUGAGGCAGCGGCAGUUGAGACAGAAAAUAAAGAAAACUUGCCAGCGGCACCAGCUCAGCCCGAAAUUGGAGAAAAUGAGCUAGAAGAGAAAUUGCCUCCUGCAGAUUCAUCAACUGCAAUUGUCAGUGAGCCUGAAAUUCUGAAUUCUCAAGAGAAGGACAAAGUUCAAGCUAGUCCUCUAAAAAGGCUCCUGUCAGGGUCUAGUUUAAAGAAACUCUCCAAAAAGCAGAGAAGCAGGACAUCAAGUGAUGCAAAACUGUCUGACUCUGGAGAACACGUUUCAGAUCAUGUCCUGUCAUCUACCGAGUCAGCAGAGCACCAGAAAGAUGAAAGUCUGGUACAACCCUGUGCAGAGGCAGUAGGAGAGGAGGAUGGUGCAUGGGCCUCCUUCAAAAAACUUGUGACUCCGAAAAAGCGUAUGAAGAAGUCCUCCUUGAGCAGUGAAGACACACCAAUACCAGCCUCAGAGGAGCCAAAGCCAAGUGAAGGAGAGCAAAUAUCAGAUCAUAGCACAGAAGAGAGCAAAAAAAGGAAAGAUUCGUCUGUUUCAUGGGAAGCUGUUUUGUGUGGAUCUGGCAGAAGAAGGAGCCGGAAAACAUCAGACUCUGAGGACGAAACACCUCAAAUUGAGAAGGACGAUGCAAAGCAAGGUCCUGAAUCGCCUUUAGAAAGUUCCAAUGAGGUUGAUGAGAUUUUAGUCUCAUCCCCCAAAGAAGCAGGAAGUCCUUCAGAGGGUGAUGGAGGGUCAACAUGGAAAUCAUUUAAAAAACUUAUCACUCCCAAAAGGAAAGGCAAGAAUGAGGAAGAAAGCAAAGAUAAUAUUCAGUCUGAUGGUGAAGUUGCUCAAGAUGAAUCCUCUUACCGAAAAAAGAGAAAGUCUGCCGAAAAGCAAGACCAAGUGUCUUCGGAUGAGGCUGAUAAGGACGUAGCUUCAGGUGAUGAGGACUCUGAGACACCAGCUGUGGUUCCAUUGUCAGAGUUUGAUACAGUUGAGACAGAUGUUGUCGUACAAACACAGACAGAUGUAAAAAGUCAUGUACCCAAAGAAGCAGACAAUGAACUCAAGCAAGACCUCAUUUAUGAGAUGGCUGAGCCUGUCCUACCCUGUGAUGAUCUGCAGACUGAAGGAAAGAAAGUCCAAGACAAUGAUGAUGCUUUAGAAGAUCAGGCACCUACAACCUCUGCCACAAAUGAAGAAGAAGAUGAUGACCUUAAAUCAAUCAGUAAACAUCAACAACUCAGUGAUAUCCCAGAGGAGGGUGUAAUUACAGAGACCAUGGGCACACCAGCUUCAGUAACUGAAGAGUUAGCUAGAGACGACACUAUAGCAGAGGACUUGAUAGAAAUCACGUCAGAGGCCAUUACUGCACCAGAGCCUGUAGACACUACCCUGGCAGAUGAAACUGAGAUGAUCUCUGCAGUUUCCCAGCUAUCAGAGUCUUCUAAAACAUCUGGCAACACCACACCGGUCCCAGCAGAGUAUGACAUCAAGGAAACAGAGGCACUUCUCCACCAGGUUGUGGAAACCAUCACCACAACGUCAGAUGUGGUCCCAGUGUGUUUAGAUGAAUUGAGCCCAGAAAGAAUAGUUGGUUCUGUCUUGCAUCAAGUAUUUGAAACAUUUGAAACAGAGGAGCCCAAACUCCUGGAAAUACAUAGAAAAUCAAGUGCAAGUGCCAUAAACACAGGUCUAAAUGUGAAAGAACUGGAAGCAGUUAAUAACUUUGAAGCAACAGCUCAAACGGAGUGCAUAUCUGAAAUCACUGAAGCUGUUUCUACAGAAAUUGUACCUGAGAUUCACACUGAGGGGUUUGACAAGGCUGAUAUUGAUGUAGAUGAAGUUCAUGAGGUCAACAUUUCACAGCCAGACCUAAUAGUUGGCACACAUGAAACUGAAAUAGAGCCAAAAAUGGACUCCCAAGAAGCCGACUCAGCUGCUACAGAAGUGGAAGAAACUAAGGAUGAAGCUAUUGAGCAGGAACUACAGUUGGAAACAAAAGAUGAAAUUGUACAGAGUAUCACUAAUCAAGCUGAAGCUGAGGUUGAUUCAGCUGUUGUGGUGGAGGAAUUACAGGCUUUACCAGCUUUAAAAGAAGGUAGUGAUCAAACACUUGAAAAUGAAGUAACAUCAGAGGACAUUACAACUGUCGAAACAGCAACAGAGGAAACCAAAGAGGAAACAGCACCUCUCACUGGAGUCAGUGUUGAGCCAGUAGAUCUAUCAAAAGCUGAACACGAAGAACCAGUAGAAGUAGAGGCUGUAGACGCAUCAAAAUUCGACUCAGAAGAUGUUAGUGUCGAAUCACUUAUAAAGGAAGAAAAAUCAGAGGACAUUUCAGCAGAAGAAGCAGUUAUAGAAGAACCAAAAGAGGCAACUGAAGCCAGUGUUGAGUCAGAAGUCGUGCAAGUGGAAGCUGCCAAAACUGAACACGACCAAGAACAAGAACUCUCACCAUGUGAUGUAAAAGAUACUACGACUGAAACAGAAACUGAGGCAGAAGCUCCAACGUCUGAACAAGAAGUUACAGAAAGUGUUGAAGAGGGUAGCGCUCAGGAACUUGAAGAACAAACAUUGUUAGGAGAAGAAAUUCCCAAACCAGAAACAGAGGAUGUCAUUGCUUCAGAGGAAAUUGUGAAUGAAGAUGUGGAAAAACUGGAUCAGUCAUUAGAGAUAAACCAGGAGCAGCAAACUCAGGACACCACUGAUGACGUCCCCCGAGAUGUUCAGGUUGAGGAGGAAGACCAAACCCCUGAAGCUGUAGAUCAGUUACAAACAAUAACAGCUGUUCAUGUGUCUGCUGUUAAUGAGGAAACAAGUACUGCUCAGGUCCUGGAAAAGACAGUGAAUUCUGAGGAACCUCCACUACCUUGUGUGGAUAUUCCUGCAGUUACAGAGGAAGACAAACAUGAGGUGCUUAUUAGUGAAGUGCAAGAAAGUGUUGAGGGAGAAAAAGAAGGUGAACUUCCAGCAGCUGAGAUGAAGACUGUUGAUGUUGAACAUGCAGCAGUGGCAGAAGUAAGCACAUGUGAUGUUAAUGAUGUCUCAGCUGCAACACCUGAUGUUUUGAUCGAGCAAAAAUCAGAAAUUGAUGAACCGUUACUUGACACAGUGGCAAAUGAGCAAGAGUUCAAGGACCAAAUUGAGACUGCAACACCAUUAGUGAAAGAUGACGAUGACGCACCUGAGACAGCACAAGAAGGCAGUAUGGUUGUGAUGAUGCACGUGCCAUCGGUAGAACUUGAGGACAACCACAGUAUUCAAGUGGAGGUGGUCGAUGUCAAUAUCAAAUCAGCUGAUGCAAAUGUGGACACAGUGCUGGAGGUAGUGGUGUCAGAAGACAAAGAAAUUAUAGAAGUUUGUCAUGAAACAGUGAAUAAAGUAGAGGAUCUCUCUGCCAUUUCAGAGAUUGAAGAAGAACAAAAUAAUGAGGAAAUCAAGGCGACCAUUCAAGAAGUUAUUCAACAUGUGAAGGAGAAGCCUGAAUCUGUAGACGUUCUUUCCAGUGUUCAGAAUGAAGAUGUCAACGUGGAGCAAGAAGUUAUAAAACAGCCAAAUGAUGCAACAGUCGAAAGUGUAAUAAGUGAAGUGGAUGAUCAAAAAGAGAUGGACGGGAGUACUGCAAUAUCAAGUGAGAGACAAGAAGAAGGGCUUGUUAUCACAGGUGAUACCUCUGCAAUUACGACUGAGCAACAAGUGUCUGAAGAUAUCAUACAAACACUUGAUAUUCCAGGAGGUUCAGAUGUAUGUAUACAAUCUCACAAGAAGGAUUUGGAGGAAACUAAAGCUGAACUUCAAAAAUCAGAAGUAGCCGUCAAAGCAGAAGACGCAAAAAGCUCAUCAGAGGAUUUAGCUAUCAAGACAGUCAAUGAAGACACCAUGGAAGGACCGCAGAUUUCCCAAAGACAGAUUGCCACACUUAGUAAUACUGGAUUAGUAGUCCCUCAAAACACUGGAAUAAUCUCAUCAAUAGGCAAUGUGGAGUCCCCCUCCAGCCUUUCGUUAGAAUUCAAACUUAACAUACAGUUUGGGCAGACAAAGGCACCCGUUUCCCCACCACCUACGACGGAGAGAGCUGAACCCGUCAAACAGACAGACGUGUCAGAGGUCGGAGUUCAGGCAGUAGAGGAAGUAGAACCCAUAAGGCAAACAAAUCCAGUUGAGAACCACAAACAGACAGAACUAACUGAGACUGCUACUCAGGCAACAGAAAUCACAGGAACAGCAGAAACCUUAGAUUCAGCAGAGAUCACAAAUCCUCCAGUCCUGUUGGAUGUUGGCACCCAAGCAAUGGAAAAAGUUGAACCAGUGGAAGAAAACAAAUCAGCAGAGAGUGUAAUACCCAACGUCCAGGUAUCGGAAACAACAGAAACAAUAAGGAAAACAGAGGAAGUUUGUGACCAAGAAGUAAAAGCAGAGGAACCUGUUAAACAAAUAGAGGAGGAAUCUGAACAGGAUGUGUGGAUGGAUGCCGAGGAAAACAUUGAAGAGGAAACAGAGGUGUCCCCUCUUGAGGGAUCCCCGGAACGUGAAACAGACGGUGACCAAGAAGAAAAGGCAGAACUCGAACAUGAGUUUGAAAUGCCUCCUAGUUCCAAUACGGAGGCAGAAGAAAGUCAACAAGUAAUGCAAAAAACAGAAGGAACAUGUGAAGUUGAGAGUGAAGGUGAAGAUUUUGCUGUUGCACUGGAGGAUCCUGAAACUGCAACUGUAAGCAACGCCACGGUGGAGUGGGAUUAA